GCCGUUUUUUCAUACUGUACAACGUCGCAAACAUACCCACACACACAUACACAUACAUCCACGCACAAAACAUUCACUCACACAACACAAGGUACGAACACCCACCACCGACGGAUGUCACGUCGCGUCGCAGACACACGCACAGCACAUGGUCCCUGCCCCACCGCCUCGCCUGCCCCACAGCCCUGUAACUCAGCCAGCCGAUCAAGCAGGAGAGGGACACAAAAGGCGCACACGAGACACGUACAUCAUGAUGUAGGCUCAUACUGACGGGCACACAGACAGACAGACAGACAGAUAUGAGUCGAGCAAAACAAGGCGGCAUCCAGGCAGUCAGGCGGACACAGACAAACGAGGUGUGUAGAGAGAAACGUCGGGCACCCACCCAGCCUCGUCCACGCAUUCACUUGUGAGUAAAAAGAGAGAGAGGCUGGGACGAAACGGGUCGGUGGGCGGGGCGGGGGGUGGGGUGGUCUGGGCUGGCGUGACAGCACAGCGAGUGGAGUGGAGUGAGCACGCAAGAAUUCAAUCACCCCUCUGAAUUCUCAUGCACGUAUGGCGCGGCGCGUACACACACAGACACCACACUCAUGACAUGGCAUGGUGUGGUGUGCGUGCAGGCAUCACACAACACACCACAAGCAAGCAGGCAGGCAGGCAGGCAAGCAACUCAGCAAUAGAUAGAUAGGAGGCGGGUGCGCGUGCACCGUCCGUCAGAGCCGACGCACACACACACACACAUACACACACACAUACACACACACAUACACACACGUGUACGUGCAGGGUAGAGAAAGGCGGGCGGAUAGAGAGCCAUACAUAACAUAGAAGGGGGCCGCCCGUCGUAGCGAGGCGAUCCCUUUUGGGUGUCGAUAUGUAAUGGUACGAUGGAUUCGAUAUGGUAGUCAGCAGAGUCAGCGCAUGGCAUGCAGCCACCCGGCGAGCGGCCGAGCGAGUGACAGCGUCACUCAUCCCUCGACCGACUUGCGCACGAGCGCCCUAACCUUCCUCUUGUAAUCCGCCAUGUCCUGCUUCAUGUUCACCUGACGAACAACGAGACACACACCAACACCAGAACCAACACACGUGACGCGCCCUUCUCUCUCCGUCUCUAUGUUAUGUGAGUGCUUUCUCUCUCUCUCUCACCGCGGCGUCAAUGUUUGCCGGAGAGCUGAGGUUGGGCUCGCCGAGCAUCGAUAUGACGCUCACCAAAAUUGACUCAACACCUGCACUCACUCACAGACCCAGAUGAGAGAUCAAUUUUUACAUGUUUUGGUGUGUGUGCUGUCUGUCGACUGACCGAGUAUUGGCCUCCACCGUUCCUCGGGUUUCUCGUCGGGGUUGAGGGCGUCGGUGCCGGGCGGAUGCAAAAUCGAUAUGCACACACGGCCAUCCGGGUAGACUGAACACACACACACACACAGAGGAGAGCAAUACUAAGUCCCUCCCUCCCUCCCUCCCUCUGUCCAGUCGUGUGUGUGUGUGUGUGUGUGUGUUGGUUACUGUUAGGGUGCCACAUCUCGCAGUCGAAUUUCAUUUCAGGGGGGUUGUUGGGGAAGUCCUCGGGGAAGGUGAGGGUGGCGUUGAAAAUCCCACCCUCAUACAGCGUGUCGGGCGGGCCCUCGAAGCACACCUUCCACUUGAACCAGUUGCUGUCAUCCUCCAAACCCACAGAGAAACCCGAAGAAUCGUCACGCGUCAACUCUGAUAUAUGGAUGGGAUGGGAUGCCACAUACGACACACACGCACAAGAGAGGAAGGGAAAGCAUAAGUGAGAUGACGCAAGGUCUCGUGUGUGAUCUUCUGGUGCCAUCUGUGCGGUGUUCUGCGUGGCUGCGUACCCAGGAGUUGCCUCUUGAGCAGUUCUCGCGCCACCGACCCCAUGCUGAUGUGUUCCUCCACCAAGCGAUGCUGUCGUGGCUUGCCGUUGUCCCGUGGAGCUCCCUGACCCACUCAAUCGCCUCUAUGGCAUACGACAGCCUGCCGAACGUCCUGAUGACACGCUCUCGGCCGACCAAAGUAACUACGCUGGCAACAAAUCGGCCGCUCCGCUCCCAAAUCUGACGCUGUGGCCCUGACCCAACAGUACACCACCUACAAGCUCCCUUUUGCCUCCUCCCUUUGUCUUCG